UGUGGGGAGCACCCAAGUGGGGCCAGAGGAACAUCGCGUGCGGCAGCAAGGAGCCUGCAGAGGUACGAGGAACAUGACGCUGCUCUGGGGGCUGCUGGUGCUCUGCUUGUCCUGCCUGCAAGGCCCCUACUUCGCGCUCUCUCCAGUGAGCGCCCUUGAGCCCUUGGACCCGCAGCCGGUUAGCGGGCUGACGCAGGAGAAGGUGCCCCCGCUUGCCCUCCUCAAGUUGGGCAACCAGGAACCUGAUGGCCAGGAUGCCCUGAAGAGGUCCCCAGGAGACUGCAAAGGAGCUCCAACCCCAGAGCAGACACGCAGGCUGGCCCAGGCCAUGAUGGCCUUCUCCGCUGACCUAUUCUCCCUCGUGUCUGAAAAGUCCACCAGCCCCAACCUCAUCCUGUCACCCCUGAGUGUGGCCCUGGCAUUGUCUCACCUGGCACUAGGUGCUCAGAACCAAACGCUGCGGAGGCUACACCAGGUCCUGCACGUGGACUCAGGGCCCUGCCUCCCCCACCUGCUGAGCCACCUUUGCCAGAACCUGGGCCCUGGGGCAUUCCGACUGGCUGCUAGAAUGUACCUGCAGAAAGGAUUUCCCAUCAAAAAGGAUUUCCUGGAGCAAUCAGAACAGCUCUUCGGUGCAAAGCCUGUGAGCCUGACAGGAAGGGCUGAGGAAGACCGGGCAAACAUCAACCAAUGGGUGAAGGAGGCCACGGAAGGCAAGAUUGAGGAUUUCCUCUCGGAGCUGCCAGAUGACACCGUACUGCUUCUCCUCAAUGCCAUCCACUUUCAGGGUUUCUGGAGGAACAAGUUUGACCCAAGUCUCACCAAGAAAGGCUCCUUCCACCUGGACGAGCAGUUCACGGUGCCGGUGGACAUGAUGCACUCCUACACGUACCCUCUGCGCUUUUUUUUGCUGGAACAGCCUGAGAUACAGGUGGCCCAUUUCCCCUUUAAGAACAACAUGAGCUUUGUGGUCCUGGUGCCCACCUCCUUUGAGUGGAACGUGUCCCAGUUACUGGCUAACCUUAGCUGGGACACCCUGAACCAGCAAUUCCUGUGGGAGACACCCACCAAGGUCCAGCUGCCCAAGCUGAAUCUGAAAUACCAACUGGACCUGGUGACCACCCUCAGUGAGCUGGGCCUGCAGGAACUGUUCCAGGCCCCAGACCUGCGCGGGAUCUCCGAGGAGAGCCUGGUGGUGUCCAGCGUGCAGCACCAGUCCACUCUGGAGCUCAGUGAGGCCGGUGUGGAGGCCCCAGCCAUGGGCAUGACCCGCUCGUCCCUCUCCAUCUUCAGCUUGAACCGCCCCUUCCUUUUCUUCCUUUUCGAUGACGCCACGGGCCUGCCCCUUUUCUUGGGCAGCGUGAAGAACCCCAACCCUAGUGCGCAGCGGGAGCUCAAGGAGCAGCAGGACUCCCCUGACAACAGGGACUUCCUCCAUAAUUGGAGGGCCUUCCGCCGUGGUGACAAGCUCUGGGAUCUUGACUUGAAACUCGAACCCCCCCCCGAGGAGGACUACCGGCUGGAUAGCACCCCCAAGUGAAGGGCCAUGGCUGCCAGCUUCCCCAGUCCCUGCCUGGAACACCAUUUCAACUCAUGUGAUUCUUUCUGAACAGCUUUGUGGGGUUGGGGCGGGGGCCUGGGCGGGCAGUCUGGGAGGAGAGGAGCCAUUGCUUCCAUCUACUCUCGGGGAGCCUGGGGUGGGCUGGGGCCUGGAGGAGGGCAGGGAGCAGGUCAUUGUGGGCCUGAUCCUGCAUUGUUUCUCCAAAGGGCUCAGGGGAUGUCCUUUCCUUUGGCAAGGGUGGUGGUCAGGAGAUGGGGCAGGUCACUCCCUAAGUCAGUGGGGACACCUCCACUUUUGUUUACCAGAGCGGGAGGGGCUGGGGGCGGCUGCCUUUGAGUACCUCCCAGAAAGCCCUGGUGGGAGCUCAAGAGGCAGAGAGUUGUCCUGGACCAGAGGCUGGGGAUCAGCCCCAGCCCUUCAGGGGACCACGUCCUGCUCUGUAGGUGGAGGCUGGAUGUCCAACACUGCCUGACUCUUGGUAACUGCAGAAGGCCAACCAGCCUCCAAUCCACCCCUGAUGCCCUGUCACCUCCCCCCCGCCCCCCCGUGGGCCUUGGAGAUGCCAACACUGCCAGGAUCCCCUUUCUUCCUCUCUGCUUCCCCUUCUGCCCAGUAGCUCAGGGGCCAAGGCAGGGAAGGGCCCCCGUAGUUCCCCAAAGCUCUUUUGUAAAGUUUUUGUAGUGAUUUUUAUGCCACCUGAAUAAAGAAUGAAUGGGCCCA